CUUUUAUGAUCAGUCAAAUGGAAUACUUUUAUGAUCAGUUAAAUGGAAAAUUCCGAAGAAGAAACUGUUAAGAACAUUCCUAGUGAAGAUACAGUGUGGUUUAUAGAAAGGUGUUUGGGAGAUGGGAAUGAUUAUCUUCAAGUUAUUGAUAAACAUUGUAAACUCAUUGGAAAGUGUCAACAAAAUGUAACAAGAGAUUUACCAUCAGACAUUCUUCAGUGCUUUAUGAAAGCAUGUUUAUUUCCAUGUAAAACACCUGUACGUCGACCAAGGCAUUUAGUGCUUAGGAGUGAAACUAUAGAGAAAUUCACAAAAAGCCCUUAUUUAGAACAGAAAUUUCACCAUCUAGGUAUUAAUUUAGUUGGUUCAACUAAAACAGUUUCCUUAGAGGGCAUUAAAUGGAGGGAGUGUCAUUUUUGUCACAUGCGAGCUGAUCAGCAACUCCUUUUUCUCUGUCCAAUGUGCCAGGCUGUGUUCUACUGUUCUACCGAGUGUCAAAGUCAACAUUUACAAGGUAGCUCCUCCCAGUCUCACAGCUUUUGGUGUUCAAAGUUCCACUCUUACAUGAAAGACAAAAAGAUUGCAGAAUUCCCAUUUGAAUUUUCCAAAGAAACUUGUUCAUCAGAUUUUGAUGAGAUGCAAUACAGAGAAUUUCUGCAAAAUAAAGGUGUAUUUGGAGAAGGAUGCUGGCUGAGGGAGGGACUUAAUCCAGCAGAUGAAGUUCAAAGAUACAGUUAUGGUAAAUGUAUGGAUUUAGAUAAUCCCUAUGUCCUACCAGUGGAAUCCUGUGUUCUAGAUGAACCUGUCUGUGUGGAUUCUCAGUCAGCUGUAGUAGACUGGAGUUCAUAUUACAGGUGUAGAGGACUAGAUCUGUCCUCCCCGAUCGCUCUCCUGCUACAAUGGCCCCUAACAGUGUUUUAUAUCAUAAAGUACCUGUUGAAUAUUCAGAAUGCUGUGAAUCCCUCUGAUGGCCAGAUCAACAUUGAUAUUGUUGGAGUUGAGAAGGAGGUGGAACUUAUUCCAGUUUUUAAAGAGCUAGGAUACCUGCUCAGUGAUCAUGUCAUCAGUAUACAUAUGUUUGGGAAACAUUUACACCAUAGGGUUAAAGAGAAAUCCUGGAUUUUUUCCAAUGUCACCAUUACAGUUCACAAUCAGUUUUAUCAUAAACAUGUCUCACAAGAAAGAAUUCCUAAUGUCGUUAUUGGCCUCAAUGCUGGCUUAGCUGCAUAUUCUUCCUGGAUUCCAACCAUCAACAAGUUAAAGGAGAUGAAGAUUCCAGCUUAUUUUACAGACUACUGCAGAUCAAGCAUUGAAUUCUCCAAGCUGAUGUUGCAGGAUCAUUGCGGGAUCAAUAUUUCUGCUCCUAUAUUAAAUCCUUUCAGAUCUCCAAUCAGAAAAAUCAGCAGUGAUCAUGAACUUCCAUGGUUCAGCAAUGCUUUUAUAUAUUGUUUAGAAUACAAUUCAGGUUGAUUCAAUGUAAUAUAUAUUUUAUUUUGUUUUCUUUUCAUAAAUUUUCGAAGGAGAUUUCAACAAUAGAUGUAAAGCUCAAACUAUACAGUAUUAUAUUGUACGUUUGAUGGAAGGUUAAGGCAGAAAAUGAUAAGCGAUUAUUUUCAUGACAUAUAUGCUUUAAAAGUGUUCGAAACACAUUGUAUAUUUUACAAUAAAGAGCAAUGGAAGAAAAC